AUGAGUAAAGCCUAUGACAUGCUGGAUUGGAACUUUAUGGAGGCCAUUCUCUCAGAUUUUUGUUUUCCUAUCAAGUUUAUCAAGUGGAUUAUGGCGUGCUUGAAGGACCCAUCCUAUUUGAUCCUUAUGAAUGGUAGAAUUCAAGGGGAGUUUAGAGGCAAAAAAGGCCUAAGGCAAGGGGACCCUAUAUCUCCGUUGUUAUUUGUUCUAGCUAUGAAGUACUGUACUAGGCUGUUAUGUCAAGCUUCUUUGGAUAAGAGGUUCAGAUUCCACGCGAAAUGCAAACCUCUUAAGCUAGUCAAUCUUUGUUUUGCUGAUGAUUUGGUUAUUUUUUGUAAGGGCGUCUCUAAUUCAGUUCAGAUAAUGAGGGAUAGCUUUACUGAAUUUUGCAAGGCUUCGGGUUUGUCUGCUAACUUGCAGAAGUCGCAGGUCUAUUUUGGGGGAUUGGAUGAUAGAGAGACUCAUCAAUUGCUUGAGAGGCUUCAGUUCACUGAAGGGAAUUUUCCUCUCAAAUAUUUAGGUGUUCCACUUCGAACAACUAAGUGGAAGGCUGGAGAUUAUGCUAUCAUCAUUACUAAGAUUCAGCAGAAACUUCAUACUUGGGCUAGCCGUCAUCUCUCGUUUUCAGGGAGGGCUCAACUGGUUAAUACAGUGCUUUUGAGUUUGAGGUCUUUUUGGAUGAGCAUUUUUAUGCUCCCUAAGAGUGUCACUAAGGAGAUAGAUCGUUUGUGUAGAAAUUUUCUUUGGGGAGUUAAAGAUGGCAAUGCUAACCGCAGUAAAUUACACUUCACUGCCUGGAGUCAAGUUUUUCUUCCAAAGUGUAUGGGUGGUCUUGGCUUUAAGGAGGGUUUCUCUUGGAACACAGUUCUCCUUGCUAAGUUCGUGUGGGCUGUUUCUAGUAAGCAAGACAUCCUAUGGGUGAAAUGGGUGGACUCAAUCUAUAUGAAGGGUCAGGAUUUCUGGUCCUAUUCUAUUCCUCAGGAUGUUAGUUGGUAUUGGAGGAGAUUAGUGAAAUUGAGAUCUGUUUUCUCUGCUAACAGUUUAGCUGCGACUGUUAAGAAAGACAAACUCUGUUUGAAAUUGCUGUAUUACAGAUUACUCAACAGGGAAAGAGUUGAGUUUGCUAAUGUGGUUUGGUGCUCUUUGGCUGUCCCUAAGCAUAGGUUCAUCCUUUGGCAAGCUUCUCUUGGUCAUCUCCUUACUCGGGACAAGCUGCAUUACUGUAACUUGGAGAUGCCUUCUUUGCUGUGUCCUGUUUGUGAAAUGGAGCAGGAAUCUCAUGCUCAUUUGUUUUUUGUUUGUCCCUUUUCUCAACAGCUCACAGCUCAAAAGGUGGACUGGUUGGGUAGGGAUUUAUGGCCGAAUUCUUAUGAGCUUUGGUGUACCUGGAUGUGUGGGAAACCGCAACGUCUGAAGCAUCAAAUUUUUGCUGCUGCCUUGGCAGCUUCUGUGUACAUGAUUUGGAGAAAUAGAAACCUCUGUGUGUUUGAGUUGAGAUCUUUGGCAAUUGGUCAUGUUAUUCAGUUGAUUAAGUUCAGUUUAAGGUCUAGACUAGCCAGGUUUCCUAAACUGAAAGUUAAGGCUAGUGAGGUGGCGUUUUUUGAGGCUGUUGUUCAGAUGUAA